AUGUCCUGCUGCCCUCCAUCUUGUGCCAUCCCCAGUUCCACACCAUCUGUGGGCUUCGGCCCUUGCGGGAUUGCAUCAAGCGGCUGCUACAGCGGCUAUGGCGGCUACGGCGGCUACGGCGGGGUGCCAGCCAGCCCUUGCGGGAUUGCAUCAAGCGGCUGCUACGGCGGCUACGGUGGCUACGGCGGGGUGCCAGCCAGUGCCCUGGGCAUAACCUCUGGAGCCGCCGUGGGCUGCAUCACCCAAAUUCCAUCAUCGGAGGUGACGGUCCAGCCACCAUCUGUCACCAUGGUCAUCCCUGGAGCCAUCCUGGCUGCCAGCUGCGAGCCCCUGGCGGUGGGCGGCUACUCCCCUUGUGCUUCGGGAUCCGGCUACAGAGGUUCCUACGGGAGUGGUCUCCAGGGAAUCUGUCAGUCCAAACCCUUCUGUGCAUCACCCUGUUAA